AUCAAAAGCUUACGCAGUUACCAAGAGAACAACUACAAAUGCGCAACAGGCCUUCCUUCUUCUUCUUCUUCCUCGUCAAGCUCUCUCCCCACUGAAACAAAAUUUUCCGAGAAUCAAACAGAGCCAUCUUCGAACAAUUCAAGCUGGAGUGGAAGAGAGGGACAGGAGGGAACCCGUUGGUGAGGGGAAUAAGAUCGAGGUUGUCAAGGCCCAAGUCGAUGCCUUUGAAUACUGUUGUCAACGGUCGUGACGGUUCCUCUCGUAUUGUUUUGUCCGAGCCUAGCGGAUCUCGUGCUGAGGUGAGUCUAUAUGGAGGACAAGUUGUUUCUUGGAAGAAUGAAAGGAGAGAGCAGUUGCUCUAUAUGAGCACCAAGGCGCAAAUGAAGCCGCCUAAGGCGAUCAGGGGAGGGUUACCUAUCUGUUUUCCACAGUUUGGUAACUUCGGUGCACUCGAGCGACAUGGAUUUGCCAGGAACAGGUUCUGGUCUUUUGAUAACGAUCCUUCGCCUCUCCCUCCUGCUAACCAGCAAUCAACUGUUGAUUUAGUGUUGAAGUCUACUGAAGAUGAUCUGAAAAUAUGGCCUCAUAGGUUUGUAUCGUCCGUUAGUCCAUUUCAUGUCUUCAUCUCUUGGCUUAAUAUACAAUUCCAUGUUUGCUUAUGUUGUUGCAGCUUUGAGCUUCGUGUUCGCAUAUCUAUCAGUCCUGGCAAACUUACUAUAAUCCCGCGUGUGAGGAACACGGACCCCAAGGCAUUCUCCUUUAUGUUUGCACUUCGUAACUACUUAUAUGUAUCUGACAUAAGUGAAGUUAGGGUUGAAGGUUUGGAGACUCUUGAUUAUCUGGACAACUUGAUGCGUAGAGAAAGAUUCACUGAGCAGGCAGAUGCAAUAACCUUUGACGGUGAGAUUGAUAGAGUGUACUUGAACACGCCGACAAAGAUUGCAAUCAUAGAUCAUGAGAGAAAGAGAACUAUCGAGUUGCGAAAGGAAGGCAUGCCAAAUGCAGUUGUGUGGAACCCAUGGGACAAGAAGGCAAAGAGUAUUGCUGACAUGGGGGACGAGGACUACACAACAAUGCUAUGUGUAGACUCUGGUGCUAUAGAAACUCCAAUCUUGUUGAAACCAUGUGAGGAAUGGAGAGGCAGGCAGGAACUCUCUAUCGUCUCAUCAAGCUACUGCAGUGGUCAGCUUGAUCCACGUAAGGUUCUUUACGGGGAUCACUGAUAUUCAUCAAGCACUACAAACUAAUAUAUAAAACAAUAAAUAUUUAAUCUGUCUUCAUGGAUAAAAGCAAUAAUAAUGCCCAAACAAAUCUAUGAUAAUGAGUUCCUGACUGACAUACAGAGAGAGAGAUUGGCAAAUGUGUAGUAUUUAUGUAACGUUGCCUUCUGUGUGACUGUCAGGGACUCAUGAAUGUGUAUGGUUUUACCCCCCAGAAACAUCAGUCUUAUAAAUGAAUUUUGUCUUCUUCAUAA